AUGGCUUCGUUGGAUCAGUUAUCACAGAAUCAAAAGGACACAGGCAUUAAGCUUGUUAAGGGUCCAUGGAGACAUGAAGAGGAUGAGAAGCUGUUAAAGCUAGUAAAAGAGUUUUCACCAAAAAAUUGGUCUUUUAUUGCAAAGAAGUUAGGAAGCAGAGUUGGUAAGCAAUGCAGAGAAAGGUGGCAUAAUCAUCUCAACCCACAGAUCACCAAGAAGCCAUUUACUAUGGAAGAAGAGGCAUUGAUAAUUGAACUUCAUUCAAAGUUUGGAAACAGGUGGUCCGAGAUAGCGAAGUACCUUCCCGGAAGGACGGAUAAUGCAAUAAAGAACUACUGGAACUCAUCGAUACAAAGGAGGAGUGAAAAAGUAAGAAGGAGAAGUAUGUUUUGUUCGAUCGAUGAGUUCCACAAGAACCAAGAAAUAAGGUAUGGGAAGGAGAGCAGUGUUUUGGGGAUUUCUCUUCAGGCAAAUAUGAGUCAAAAGACAAAGAGAAGCAGUAGUGUUCAGGACAUUUCCGAGCACGUUUCAAAUGCAAGGUCAUUUGACGAGGAUGAUUUCGACGAGAUGGACGAGAUUGCUAGCCAAGCUCUUCUGAGGAUAUGUAUGUCAUUUUAA